GUGCCGCCCGCACUUCGGCUAGUGUUGCAGUGUGCUUCGUGCGCGUGGAGGAGUCGGUUCUUUCCUCUGCCAGUGUCUCACCGUCUGUUAUCCGCGAUCGCUCUCGUCCGCUCGAUCGGCAGCCGAUUCGGUGCUCGAAAAGCCUGGCGUGGCGUAUCGCGUCCAACAGCAGUCACGCGCAACGAACGAAUGCGAUUGCGACGAACGCGAGUGCGUGAAGUUAGCCGCGAGUGUCCUCGCGUUUAUCCCGCCGACGCGCGACGCCGGCAACGAGUCGCCUCGUGAGCAGUGUUGAGAUCGCGUCGCGUGUGUGUUAACCUCGUCGUGACUACCCCCAUUCCUUCCGUGUUUUCGCGUACGCGCUUUCUUACGCGAGGAGGACGUUUUACGCUGCAACGUGAACGACAAGCCUGUGCCAUGACGACAUUGUGGAUUGUUAUGGUGAUGCUCGCCGUCGCGACAACGGUCACCGGCGCCGGCCUCAAGUGCGACAACGUCAGGACGUACUUCGAGAUGCAGGGAUUCCCGCCCAGCGACAUCCCGAAGGAGGCGAUUUCAUCGAAGGAGCUAAAGACAUGCGGCGGUGUGAAAAGUGGUGGCGAGGUGUGUUGCUCGGCCGACAUGGAAUUGAGGCUGCAGGCACGGGCACGCGACAAGCACGAGAGGGCCACGAAAGAAAGCCUCCAGAGACUGCACCAGAUCUUGUCCGUGCGGGGGAUCAGGUUCCACAAUUUUUUCAAGGAUCUACUGUCGGCGAGCAAGCGGGGCUUUCAUGAAAUGUUUAAGAAGACCUAUGGCAUUCUCUACGAACAGAACGCAUACGUCUUCACGGACUUCUUCAAGGAGCUGGAGAAUUAUUAUGCGAAGGGAACGGUGGAUCUCGACGAGGCCAUGGACAAUUUCUUCAAUACCCUGUACCAGAAGAUGUUCACGGUGCUCAACAGUCAGUACAAUUUCGACAAUAAGUAUCUGGAGUGCGUGGGCGAGCACAUGAAGGAGAUGCGACCUUUUGGGGACGUGCCGCAGAAAUUGGGCGUGCAGAUUAAGCGCUCCUUUGUGGCCACGAGAGCCUUCAGCCAGGCCUUGACGGUUGCUACGGGCGUGCUGAAAAGCAUGCAAGUGCUGAAACCGACGGCGGAUUGCGCAGCUGCCCUGACCAGGAUGACAGCCUGUCCAGCCUGCAGCGGUAUACCGGGCGACGUGUUGGCGUGCGGCGACAUGUGCGCCAACGUGAUGAAGGGUUGCUUGGCACAACACGCGGCACUCGAUGCUGAAUGGAAUCAUUUCGUUGAGGCCAUGGACAAGAUCGCCGAUCGACUGCUCGGACCGUUCAACAUCGAAGUGCUAGUACGCCCGAUUAAUCUCAAGAUCUCCGAGGCGAUCAUGAACUUCCAGGAGAGCAGCCAAGACGUGUCACAGCGCGUGUUUACCGGCUGCGGCCGGCCGAUGCUGGGUAGACGAAGACGACGGGAUAAUCAUGAACUUGAAUUAGAAUCUUUGAAGUUUGAUCAGGAGACGGAGGAUCGCACCUCCAGUACGUAUCUGGAUAAAUUGGUCAAGGAGAUACGUCAACGAAUACGCGACUCUCGGCAGUUUUGGGUUUACAUGCCGUACCGAAUGUGCAACGACGGCGGUCUGGUAGUGCCGCCCAGCAACACAAAGGAAUGCUGGAAUGGCACGCACGUGGACAAAUACAUAUACCCUGUGUCUUCGGACGGCGAGGCUCAAUUGAUGAACCCGGAGGUGCGGAACACUGGACCAAGGCUGACUAUCGUACGGGAUCAAAUCUUCGCGCUCACCACCAUCACGAACAGAUUGAGGGCGGCGUUCAAUGGACAAGACGUCGAUUGGAUCGAUACGGAAGAAACGUGGUACGGCUCCGGUAGUGGCUCCGGCGACGGUGCAUUUACCGAUGACGAGGACGGUUUCAAGGAGGGCUCCGGUUACGAUGAAUCGCACGCGGAAUCACAACCGGAACCGCCAUCACCGAAGCAGCCAUCACCACCGGUUGUUCACGAGGUCGAAACGCCACCGCGGGUAGACAUCGAACCGCACAAAGGCGCGGGCAAUCAGACCACCACCGCGGACAGCGGCAGCACCAGCAGACAGAAGAUGACUCUGUCCAGAGCUUUGACGACGUAUCUGGUGCCGAUAGUGGUGAUGUGGUUCGGCGGUUGCCUCACCGACUUGCUGUGAUUGUGUGGACUGUGCGAGUUCGCGAUGUAAAUAUUACCCAAUCGAUUGCAAUACUAGCUAAUGUCGAAUACGUGGAUCGAUGAGGCAAAAGGAGGAAAACGCAACAAAUUUUAAUCAUCGCGUGGAUCAUCUUCGUGCAAAACUCGUCAAGGAUGCAACGAGGGAUGAUUUCACGAGGACUUGUUUGCGAUUGUAGCACUUCGCAGUUUUUCGACCUCGAUUUUCGUCGACUUAGCGAGUAUCGGAAUCGUUAGACUAUUGAUUUAGCGAAUACGUGGCCAUUUGUUGUUCAUUGACUUGCCGCAAGCGGGCGAAGGCGGGGGGAAAGAAAAUCGUACUUCGUUUCUGCCUCGAUAUUCCACAAUGGAAUAACACGAAAGCGAACGAAGCCUUGUCAUGCAGAAACCGGUGAAUGAAAACGCUGACGCGACACGAAUCAUUGCUCGUCGCGUGGAUCGUUUCAUCGCCGUCAGGUCGAGACUUGCAUGGACGUUUCUUCUUUUCGCCUCCGCUCCUACUUGUUCCCGCGAACACGCAGGCCAUUCUUUCUCGCCACGUAACGCUGGGACGUAGCCUUUCGAAUAUAUAUAGACGUAUCUGUAAAUUUUUCGGACCGAAAGAAAGAAUUUCCUUCAAAGUACGACGGAUUCCUAUCUCCGAGGGGAUGCCUCGGGAAAAAACGAUGUAUAACGUAAUAAUUUUUAACUGAUACUAUUGUAUAGCGCGCUGCUGCAGGAGCGUUCGUUGCGUCAUUUGAGGAUUUUUCCGAAUUUUAGAUGUACCGUUAACGUUACUAUCAGACUCUUACUGCCAGUCGCCAACUUCUUCGAGCUUCUGCGCGAGUAGAUUAUCUUCGGCGGUAAGAUGACGCAUUCCAACUUGGACCAAGUCUUUUUGGACUUGAGCACACAUACAUACACACACACACACACACACACGCUCGACUUUGUCAGAGUACUACUGCCAAUUGAGAAUGCAAGAAAGUUUUUGAGUACGCGAUUUACCACGACGAAGAAAUUCAUUUCAAUCGUACUGAAGUUUCUUCCGAACUUUAGAGACUCGUUCUCUUGAUCUCGUAAAAAUUUUACUACUUACUGCUAACUGGACACCAUAAUAUUAUCGUAAAAUUAUCUUAGUUUAUCUAUUCUCCAUAUCGUGUGACCAACAAUUAAAUUAUCGAUUAAACAACACGACUGAUCAUUAAUCCAAUAAACGCUGAACAUGUGUGAAUCGAGAAGCAAUGUAAUCCAACAAUCGCGACAAUUCCGCUGCUGUGCGAAAUACGAAACAAUCUUGCAAGGAAGGAGAAACAAAUGGCUUCGGCUAAUCUUUCAGAAUUAACGUUACACGACGUGAAAUUUAUCAAAGCCAGCAGGAUGGAAAGCAGUUUAUCCAUCUUCAUUGAAAUAUGUUGAUACAUACAUUUAAUUUUAUAGUCCUGCAAGUUCAUAAUUUAAUUAUAUAUAUAAUACUCAUUUUUUUAAAUCGUCGGAGUAAUUCACUCUCGUUUUUAUUAUAAAAGAUUCAACUCUGCAGAAUUGUAAUCCAUGUAUUGUUAAAUAAGCAGGCAAAUUUUACGUCACGUAUCGUCUUAAGAAGUAAUUUCUUGCACUCGGAAAUAAUGCUCAUGAAUCGACAAAAGAGACGUAGUUAUAAGAGUGGCGCGAAAUACGUAGCUUCGACACAUCCGAUAUACGUAAGACAAACCGAACGGAGUAUACGAGCGGAAACGGAACUGAGUAUUUAUUAAGCGUAACGAUUGAUCGGGACGUCGAGUCCCGAGUGUGUGGCGGCACGAACAAUCAGAAUCCUCGUUUCCUCGUCACUUAGGGAUUUCAAGAGAAGCCGCAUUCUCUCGUGUACAUGCCAUACUAACGAAAAUAAUUCCUGUGCAAAGAAAGAGCCGACAUUUCAGUUCGCGUUCGGCUAAAAGCGCCAACGUAUCACGUGCGUUUGAUAAUUGAUGAUUGCUAAGUGAUACGAGAGAAGUAUGGAACUGCGGCGAUUCUGCAAAUCCAGACGGAGGAUUCAACAUUAUGCGCGAGAUUGUUGAUGGCAGGAAGUGUUCUCGACGCUCGGUUUUGUCGAUGUACGAGUUCUAUACCGAGUAAUGCGAUGAAAAAUUCAAGUAAAAACAGCGAUCGACGGGUGGCCUGAACGAAUUAAUGGACGGAGAUGAUCGCAAAACCGAGCUGUAACGCUGUAACGUUAAUUUGUGUUAGGAUUAAUAGCGUGGCAGGCGUGAGAGAUGUUACGAAUGUAAAUAGGAUGAGCGGGGCGAUACGAUGAAGAGUGUGAUAAACGUGGCGACGCUUACAUAUUUCCGCGGUUGGAAUGCAACACGUAUGUACAUGCUUCAGACUUCAGACGGAGGAAGAAUACCCGUUGGGAGAAAUAGGAAGUGCAGUUUUAAGAGGACAAAAAUUCUCGUUACCCGACGUCGCGUUAUGCCGGGCAGUGUGUUUCGCGUUUAUCGAGCAUUGUAUAAGCUGUUGCGCGAAAUAAUGGUACAAAUCAGUAAAAAUAGACCAAUUAUCAUUAUUUCUAAUGAUUUUAAUCUGAAUAAUCUGAAUGAACAAAUGUUUCAGACAUUAUUACAUUUUCGGUGAAAUAAAGUUUUUCAUUAUCUCGAUACACGCAAAAUUGUUAAUAUAUAUGUUUUCCUACGUAUGCAAAAGAUACCUUUGUGAUAUGCUGCAUUCUGUGUUACUUGUUAUUUUUGUGCCUCUUGUUUGUGCUUGUGAAAUUUGCCUUAUAUCGCUGAAUGUGCGACUUGUACCAUUGUGCCGGCCAACGGCUCGUAUUAUCCGUCACUUUGCCGUAUUGCUUGUGCAGCGAUCGUUCAGCAUCAGCGACUCGGACGCGCAGUGGUGUCAAAGUGAUGCGAGGAAACGGCGGUCGGAGGCGGACUCCUGUGAUAAAAUCAAAUAGACCGAGCACUGAUGACCGCUCUCCGCACAUCCGCGCCUUUUCUCUCAGCUCGCUGCCGAGGAGAGUGAGUGGCACGCGAGGGACUUCUUUAAAAGAAUCUAGUGAAAUAUUAAAAUAUAAUGCAGAUAAAACUAAUUAUAUAUUUGUAAUUAUUAUUAUUAUUAUAUUAUAUAUUAUUUUAUUAUAUUAUUAUAUAUAUAUGAAAUGGAAUUAAUAUAAAAUUAUGGAGUAUUCGGCGGUUCGUGAAUGUCUCGUGCGUGUGCGUUUUAAAAAUGGCCCGUGCGGGACACAAAAAUCUCGAUAUCGCUUAUGAAUUCUUUGAUUUUCCAAAAAACACACGCACACGGAGUCACAUGAAAUCACACACAACACGUACAUCCAUUCAAAUGUACAUGUAUAAUAAUUACGAUAUUUUUUAGUCCUACUCCAAAUUAUCUCGCAGAGAACAUUUGCCCACACUUUUAUACAAAUAUGUAUGUGUAUGUACAUACGGUAUAUAUAACGUAUUAUUAUUUCCUCCGUUUUUUUUUAAAUGUUUUUCUCCUUUCUUUUUCUCUGGGAUGGCGAUGCAUCGUGGAGCUAGGAUAUCGAGAAGGAAACAGGGUGCUUUCCGAGAAAUAUUGUUAUAUUGCCAGUUGACAGAUUUGUAAAACCGAGGUCGGGUCAGUGAGGCGAGAAUGUUCCUCGUUCCAACAUCGUUUGCGAUUUUAUUCUGUUAUAAAACAGAAAGAGUUAAGUAAACUCGCGAGAAAGUCAAGAUAGAUAGACAAAUUGAUACGUUCAUACGUAGCUCUAUUUUUCUUCUAUUUGCGAGGCCAAGCAGUCUUCGACGAGUUGGCAUAACGAACAAAAAAAUGUAAUACUUUUUUUUAAUGUCACGGUCUCGUAAAUCGCUUAAACGUUGCGCUCUGGUGAUUGCAAGCGGUUCGUUACGUACACGUACCGUGUAUUUGCGACUUUAAGGAAGACGCCGCUCUCUGAAAGUUGUAUUUUGCAUUUAAUCAAGCACGAACUGUUUGACGUUGUCAAUGAUACUUUACUGACGAUGAGAGGGUGUGAGAGAGCGAGAAAAAGAGAGCAAACAAGUACUGUUCAAGAGUUCUGAUGGAUGGUCUGGAGCGGAUUUGUUGAACGGGAGUGCGAGUCGAUCCGAAUAUGAACGGAGAAUUCACGAGUCUUCAAAGUGCCCCCAGUACGAUAGAGAGAAUAUUAGAUUUAUACGCAUAUAUAGUUGAGCGGAUUGCGAGUGUGAGCGAGUGCACGAGUACGCAUGCGUGAGGAAUGAUCACGUUGAUUUACGGAUUUUUUUUUUAAGAACGAGCGCGAUCGAAGACUGAGCGAUCGGUAGUAUGAUCGAGGUAACGUUCAGCUGCGUUCAGCAAGCGCAACGCUCGAGCGAUCGAGCGUGAUUUUUUGGAUCAUGUUGGUAGAUGAACGGGAUGAUCGCGGAGCAAUCGCCGAGGUUCCUGAACGCAGAUGAUAUUCCUCGACUCGUUUUCUUAACUGAACGACGAGGACGAUGUAUACAAUAUGACAUAAGUAUGCCGAUAUAUACAGUUUUAUCUAGAAAUCAAUUUUGGAAUGAAUACAAAGAAAUACAAGACGCAUACAAAUA